AUGGGAUGCUUAGGAGGAGUGCCGGUUCACCACGGACAGAUUGUGGACCAUGCGAUGCCCACCGGUUUCCGCUACAAGCUUUGGCUUUUAGCAGCCAGCAUGAGCGAGUGGCGGGAAGCGGUACCCGACAAGCUCCUUGGAAUGAGGUCCCGGCACUGCUUGGAGUUUGACUUUGAGUACAGCGUGAAGUUCGAAGCGAAGUUGACUCCUUUCGAGGUGGAGGACAUGGAGCAUGAGAUGACCAUCGAGGUGGGCACUGCCCCUAUUUGGCAAUCGUGCAAAAGCAUCAAACAUCCUGGACCUGUACCUCGUCAAAGCAUUUUCUGCCUGGUGCAACCAGGCACAUAUUCGCUCACCUUCUAUGCCGAGUAUCCAUUGGGAGGCUGGACGUGA